AGUUAGGGAGAUUGUUUCACUCAUUGGUGCAUUGAUAUUUAAUAGAGUUUUUGCCAUAUAUUAUUGUUCGACUUAGUUCAACAAAUAUAUUUUUGCAUGAUGAGGAUCUGAGGAGAUGAUAGUGUUUGGAACUGGUUUGAGAGAAGAAAGAAGUGAAAGCAGUUGGGAGUCUACUGUGCAAGUAAUCCCAUACAAAGCAUUGUGUGAGGUUUUAUUAGCUCCCAGCCAGUCGAGAACUGAUAAUAUGGCCUCAUUGAUUUUAUUUCGAACUUUGUCAACAGUCUUCAAUUAUAAGCAAGUUAGCGUCAUCAGCAAAUUGAAAGAUGGAAAGUGAAUUUAAAAAAGAAUUAAAAAACUGUGUUAUUAAAACCAUUGACAGUAGGGCAUUAGAUUUAAAUGGUAUAAGUCAGUGUAUAUGGGAACAUCCUGAAUUGUGCUUUCAAGAGAAUUAUGCUCAUGAUUUGUUAACUACUUUCUUGGAAAAAGAGAAGUUUGUUGUUCAAAGAAAAACUCCUCUUGAAACUGCUUUUAUUGCAAGAUAUGGCGAUGCAACUGGGUUGAAAGUUGGUGUUUUUUGUGAGUAUGAUGCAUUGCCUGGUCUUGGUCAUGGAUGUGGUCACAACCUGAUAGCAGAAGUUGGUAUUGCUACCGGACUUGCUCUCAAAGAAAUAGCAACGUUAUAUCCUAAUUUAAAAAUGGAAGUAAUAGUAUUUGGAACACCAGCUGAGGAACGUGGUGGAGGAAAAAUUUUAAUGAUUGAGAAGGGUGUUUUUGACGAAACAGAAAUAUGCAUGAUGUCACAUCCUACACCUUUAGAGAUCCCAGCUCCUACAUGGCUUUCACGCAUCCAACUUACAGUUGUUUUCAAAGGUAAGCCAGCUCAUGCUUCUGGGGCUCCUUGGGAAGGAGUCAAUGCAUUGGAUGCUGCUGUCUCUUGCUAUAAUAGUAUUAGUAUGUUGCGACAGCAAACUAAGUUAACAUCUCGUAUACAUUGUAUCAUUGUUGAUGGUGGUAAAGUACCUAAUAUUAUUCCAGAAAGAAGUGAGCUUAUUAUAUCUAUACGAGGAAUUGUUAAAGAAGAUACAUUUGAUCUUGCAAAUAAAGUUAAACAAUGCGCAUCAGGUGCUGCUGCUGCGACAGGUUGUUCUGUAACCAUCUCCGAAACCCAGCCGUUUUAUGAUUCAGUAAAAACGAACCCGACUAUGAUAGAGUUAUAUAUAAAUAACGCUAAAAGUAUUGGAGUAAAGUUUAACGAUGAUGCCAUGGCGAGUAAACUAUUAGCAUCUACUGAUAUGGGUAAUGUUUCACAGAUUAAACCUUCUAUUCAUCCCUGUUUUAAAAUUGUAACACCUGCAGCAAACCAUACGCACGAAUUUACAACAAGUUCUGGAGCUCCGGAGAACCAAAUUCAUGCUUUAAAUUCUGCUAAAAGUAUGGCAAUGACUGUUGUAGACAUUCUUUUAAACCUAUCAUUAUUAGAACAAAUACGCAACGAUUUUCAGAAUAAAAAUUGAAAUAGUUUUA